AUGACAGGUAUCACGACCAAGGUCAAGUAUGGGCAGGUUUCCUGGGGAGAGAUAUUGGACAUGGCGAGGGUUCUGGCACCGUUGCCCUUCCUGCUCUGUUGGAAGCUCCUGACAUCUCCCUUUGUCAAGCACUUGCAGCACAAAACAUGGCUGCGUGUCAUCAGUGAUUGCUCGGCCCACCAGCUCACUAGUUUGGGUUUCGCCCAACUCCAGUACGCUCUGGGAGACUCCGUGACUGUCUACAACAAUUUCAUCAGCCAAGCACGUUUAAUGCCUCUCAUAGAGGAACUGGAUGGUGGUGUACAGCUUGCGUGGGUGGGCCCAAAGCGAACGGACCGAGUGGUACUUUACCUUCACGGCACGUUUAUCUAUUUUUGCAAGGCGAAGACUGAUCAAUUUGCGUGCCAGCUUGAAUUGGAGAAGAAGGGCCUUGAAGCAGGACUUGCGGUUCUGCUCUACAGCCUUCUACCCGACGCUGGUCACCCUACCCCGCUCCGCGAGAUGCGAACGGCAGUAGACUACCUCAUCAAGUCCGGAGUUGCACCAAAUAACCUCAUAUUUACAAGCGACUCCGCGGGAGGGAACCUUACUCUAGCCUUCUUCUCGCACAUUCUGCAUCCUCAUCCUACCAUUGAACCCUUCAGCCUCCCCGCGGAUACUCGCUUCGGUGGCGCUUUCCUUCUGUCACCCUGGGUAUCCUUAGCCGGGGAUGACGUUCCCAAUUCUUACGAUGAAAAUGGUCCUGUCGAUGUUACAGAUGCGGCUACCCUCCGUGCGUGGGGUCAUUAUGCUCUUGAAGGCGUCCCUCUGACCGAAAUCAAUUACAUGGAGCCUAUCAAAACUCCCGACGGUUGGUACGAAGGUACGGACCAAUUGGUGGACAAUGUCUUCAUUUCUGUUGGGGAGUUUGAGUGUCUGAGGGAUUCUAUUCUCACUUUCUACGAGAAGAAGUUUAAGCGAUACGCCGGUCGCAGCCAGUUAUAUGUACAGAAGGGAGGUGUCCAUGUUGAUCCCUUUUAUGAUUUUUUCUUCGCAGCCUCGCCCAAAACGACUGGGAAACUGACGCCUGAAGUCGUUACCUGGAUAGCUGAUUCGUUCAAAAUCGAAUGA